GAGUAGGAUUGCUCAGUGGCAGUGAGGGAGCAGUUGAGAUCUUGUAACGGAACUCUGUAGUGAACCCAUGCAGAAAAUGUCCCCCAAGUUCCUUCAGGAGCACAUAUGAAAGAGUGAAGGCAGAGGCCCACGUGGUGGGAGUGAGUCAAGACUGGGGCUUGGCAAGGGAGUCAUUGGUGAUAUGAUAAAGGAGGCCAAGAAUGCCACAGAGGACCACAUUGUAGAGUUGAACUGGUUGUCCAAGAGGUCAAGAUGAAGAGAAGAACAGAGUGUGAUGAGAGCUAGGGAGAUGGCCUGAGAGGGUACCGAGGGGUCAGGGGACUGGAGAUGUGGACAAAGAAUGGAGUAGGCUAAGGGAAGGCAGGGGGAGAGGUGGAAAGCCAAGAGACUUGCAUGGUGCACUUGGGGUGGAUGGCAAGAUCCGGGGCACGAGCAUCCUUGUGUGUGGCCGAGGCGGGGGCAGGGGGGGGGGCAGGAGUGGCCCUUGGCUGUCCUCCCCAGCCCCAGAUCUCCUGAGGCAUUUCCUCUCACACCUUGGCCUUUGGACCUCCUCGGUCUGGGCCUCAAGGCCAAGUUCUCGUGAAUUAUCACCAUAUAUCUGUCUCCUCUCCAGGAUCACAACUGCAGGGAGAGCAGUGGUGGCCUGCAAGUACCUGGCUGCAAGUACCAGCUUUCUCUUCUUUGGUGCCUUGCCUGAGAUCCCCUGAGGCACCUCUUCUUCCCAAAGGAACCUGGGCCACUUCUCCCACCACCUCUCCUGAGACCAGACCCCAAUCUGACGUGAGAACACCAGUGGACCGUGACUGUGCAUCUCUCCAUCUUUCUAGUCUAGCCUGGAACCGAGAUUCCAAAGGUGUCUUCUUUCAGCUUGACUUUAAGCCAUUCUCCUGAGACCGAGAUCCAGCCCAGGACUGAACCGUUCCCUGGGUCCCACAGCCAGCGUCUUCACUGACCAAGAUUGGGCAAGAGAGGCCCACCCUCCCAGACUCUCGUUGGCACUAGCCCCUCACAGAUCUAGGCCCUGAGCUCCUGAGCGACCCGGACUCGUCUCACCUACGCGCUGCUCCCACCACCACCGCAAAAGGCAUCUCUACCACUGACUGACAUCCAGAGAGGCUCUGUGUGAGUGCCUGUCCUUCCGUUCCUCCCACAGACGACUGUCAUCAGGGGCUAGCCCCGUGCCUGACUUGACUUCACCAAAGGCUGUGGCCUGGCCUCUCCCAGCCCAGGCUGACGCCCCAGGAGCUGAAAAAGCUCCACGACAUCCCAGGACAUCUGACUAUCUCUUACCAGGGGAGCCAAGAUGAGCUGGAGUCUGACGGAGUAUGGUUCUUCACGGUCCUCCCCAGGCAAGCACGGAGACCGUUUCAUCCCGUCCCGAAGCGCAGCCAACUGGGACCUGAAAUUCCAUAGGACGCAAGACUCUGAGAAAUCCCUGAAGGAGAAGUGGCCAUCCAGACAGGCCACAUCGGGCAACAGCCCAAUCUACUCUGCCUUGCUGGAUAAUGAGCUGCUGGGGGUCGGCAUUGAGAGAGUCCAGAAUGUCAAGGGGAGGGGGCAAAGGCUUCCCCAGCCUUGCAGCCCAGAGAAGGAGGAUCUCUUUGUGUAUAGCCCUAGCACUGAGGGCUGGUGGAGACCUGACGCGGUCCGUGCAGCCUCCUCUCAUGGCAUGUCAUCCAUCAGCAGCAAAAGCCAGGCCUUACUGGCGUCGCAAAAGAAGACCCCGAAGAGCAUCUCCGCAAAGCCUUUCAAAAUCCUCGAGGCCCCGGAGCUGCAAGACAACUUCUGCCUGAACCUACUAGACUGGUCUUCCCUCAACAUCAUCUCUGUGGGCCUGGGUACUUCUGUUUUCCUAUGGCAUGCCGCCACAUGCCAGGUGGUGAGGGUAUGUGACCUGUCAGUGGAGGGAGAUUCCGUGACCUCGGUGUGCUGGUCUCAGCGGGGCAUUUUGCUAGCCGUGGGCACGCAGAAAGGGUUUGUGCAUGUCUGGGACGUUGUAGCCGAGAGGCGAGUGUGCGUGCUGAACAAGCACAGCUCCAGAGUCAGCGUGCUGGCCUGGAAUGCCGACCAGAUUUCUUCUGGGAGCCGUGACAAGCUGAUCCUCCAGAGGGACCUCCGCACCCGGGCCAUGCAGUCUCGGCGCUGCCUCCAAGGCCACAGCGGUGAGGUGUGUGGGCUCGAGUGGUCCACGAACCGCAGGCUGCUGGCCUCCAGCGGCAAGGACAAUACGGUCGUGCUCUGGACGCCGGCCAGUCCAAAGCCUGUCCAGCAGCACACUGGCCACAAGGCGGCCGUGAAGGCCAUCGCCUGGUCUCCCCAUCAGCAUGGCCUCCUAGCGUCUGGUGGCUGCCAGGCCGACUGCGCCAUCCUUUUCUGGAACACGCUGACCAAUCAGAUCCUCCAGAGCAUCCAUACAGGUUCUCAGGUGGGCAACCUGGCCUGGUCCAGACACACCAACGAGCUGGUGAGCACCCACGGCUCCCCGGAAAACCAGAUCGCCAUCUGGAAAUACCCCUCCCUGGCACAAGCCAACAAGCUCACGGGCCACACCUGCCCAGUCUCGCAUCUGACCGUGUCUCCCGAUGGACAGGUCAUAGCUACAGGGGCUGCGGAUGAGACUCUCAGACUCUGGGAAGUUUUUAACAAAACCCAUCCGUCCAGACCAUCCGAGUCCACCCUCGACCUCUUCACCCGUAUCCGGUAACCGCCCAACCCCACACGCUGAGACCACUCCGGGCCAGUCGGGGAGAACACCACUGACUCGGAGCAGCUUGUGCGGAAGGAACCCCAAUGACCAGCUGUCAGAAUGGGAAA